CGGGAAUAGAAGGAUCUAGAGACCCUUUGCGAGACAGGUACGUUAGCAAUAGAAGGACCUAGAGACCCUAACAAAACCCUAUAUAAAGAAGAACAUACACUCCAUCUCACUCAUACAGCAUAUCUCUAUCGUUCUUGCACCUUCAAAAUUUCCAAUUCAAAUUAAUUUAUUAAAGAGAUCGAAGCGUUUGCUCUGCGAUAUCGGAAAUGGCGGAUACGGAGACGUUUGCCUUCCAGGCUGAGAUCAACCAGCUUCUGAGUCUGAUCAUCAACACUUUCUAUAGCAACAAGGAGAUCUUUCUCCGUGAACUAAUCAGCAAUUCUUCUGAUGCUCUAGACAAGAUCAGAUUUGAAAGCUUGACUGACAAGAGUAAGCUAGAUGCUCAACCAGAGCUUUUCAUCCACAUCAUCCCUGACAAGACCAAUAACUCGUUGACGAUCAUUGAUAGUGGUAUUGGCAUGACAAAGGCUGACCUGGUUAACAACCUGGGGACAAUUGCAAGGUCCGGCACGAAAGAGUUUAUGGAAGCUCUAGCAGCUGGUGCUGAUGUUAGUAUGAUUGGACAGUUCGGUGUGGGAUUUUACUCUGCUUAUCUUGUUGCUGAGAAGGUCAUUGUUACCACAAAGCACAAUGAUGAUGAGCAGUAUAUCUGGGAAUCCCAAGCAGGCGGUUCAUUCACUGUCACCAGAGAUUCAGGGGAGCCCCUUGGCAGGGGUACCAAAAUUACCCUCUACCUAAAGGAGGACCAGCUUGAGUACCUGGAAGAGCGCCGACUGAAGGAUUUGAUCAAGAAGCACUCUGAGUUCAUAAGCUACCCUAUCUCCCUCUGGAUUGAGAAGACUGUUGAGAAGGAAAUAUCUGAUGAUGAGGAUGAAGAGGAGAAAAAAGACGAAGAAGGAAAGGUUGAAGAGGUUGAUGAGGAGAAGGAUGAAAAGAAAAAGAAGAAGAUCAAGGAGGUUUCGCAUGAAUGGUCUUUGGUGAACAAACAAAAACCCAUCUGGAUGAGGAAACCAGAGGAGAUCACAAAAGAAGAAUAUGCUGCAUUCUACAAGAGCCUCACCAACGACUGGGAGGAGCAUUUGGCUGUGAAGCACUUUUCAGUUGAGGGCCAGUUGGAGUUCAAGGCUGUCCUCUUUGUUCCGAAGAGGGCUCCUUUUGACCUCUUUGACACAAAGAAGAAGCCAAACAACAUCAAGCUCUAUGUCCGUCGUGUAUUCAUCAUGGACAAUUGUGAGGAGUUGAUCCCAGAAUACUUGAGUUUUGUCAAGGGAAUUGUCGACUCUGAGGACCUCCCUCUUAACAUUUCUCGUGAGACUCUGCAGCAAAACAAGAUCCUGAAGGUUAUUCGCAAGAACUUGGUGAAGAAGUGUGUGGAGCUCUUCUUUGAGAUAGCUGAAAACAAGGAAGACUACAACAAAUUCUAUGAGGCUUUCUCAAAGAACCUAAAGCUUGGCAUUCAUGAGGAUUCGCAGAACAGGACUAAGCUUGCAGAGCUACUUCGUUACCACUCCACAAAAAGUGGUGAUGAGUUGACCAGCCUGAAGGAUUAUGUGACCAGGAUGAAGGAAGGACAGAAUGACAUCUACUACAUCACAGGUGAGAGCAAGAAGGCUGUUGAGAACUCUCCAUUCCUUGAAAAGCUCAAGAAGAAAGGAUAUGAGGUCCUAUUCAUGGUUGAUGCGAUUGAUGAGUACUCUGUUGGUCAGUUGAAGGAGUUUGAAGGGAAGAAGCUUGUUUCUGCGACAAAAGAAGGUCUGAAGCUUGAAGAGAGUGAGGAUGAGAAGAAGAAGAGUGAAGAGCUGAAGGCCAAGUUUGAGGGUUUGUGCAAGGUGAUCAAGGAUAUUCUUGGGGACAAGGUUGAAAAGGUUGUUGUCUCUGACCGUGUGGUGGACUCUCCCUGCUGUUUGGUCACUGGAGAGUACGGGUGGACUGCAAACAUGGAGAGAAUCAUGAAGGCACAAGCUCUAAGAGAUGCCAGUAUGGCCGGGUACAUGUCAAGCAAGAAGACAAUGGAGAUCAACCCUGAAAACCCCAUCAUGGAAGAGCUGAGGAAAAGAGCUGAUGCUGACAAGAACGACAAGUCUGUGAAGGAUCUGGUACUGCUGCUGUUUGAGACUGCUUUGUUGACUUCCGGUUUCACUCUGGAUGAGCCCAACACCUUUGGGAACAGGAUUCACAGGAUGUUGAAGCUUGGAUUGAGCAUUGACGAUGAUGAUGCUGUGGCUGCUGACGAUGAGAUGCCUGCGUUGGAAGAUAAUGAUGCUGAUGCGGAGGGCAGCAAGAUGGAGGAAGUUGACUAAGUUCCUGUCCCGUUCUAGUUCUGUCAUUUUUAGUGUUUUCUUAUUGUCUCUCGAUAUGGGUUCCUUAUACAUAUUGUCAGACUGGUCUUUUUGCAACUUUGGCAUGUUACUGAAUUGAUGCUAUUUGUGGACACCUAAUUCAUCCUGUUUGUGGAUCUCGCUGCUAAUCGAUGCUUCUCAUUCUGUCUUUUGCUCCUUAAUGCGUCAAGCCUAAUUGGUGGGCGUCGUUCAUGAAAUUACAC